AUGGCAGAUCGAAAGGAAGAAGAUGCCAUUGGCACUGAGAAGAGACACUCUCACUCCUCCUCCGACGUCGAGAAGUACCACCAAGAGAAUGCCUACGAUGACACCCCACGACAGGCCAGCGUGGUGGCCAAGCUCAAGAAUCCUCUCGCGGGCAUGACGGAGGAAGAUGUCAUCCGGGAUGUCGAUACAUUCGUCGAUGCUCGCGGUCUUGGAGAUGAGAGGGAAGCGUUCCGAAAAGGCGCCCUCCUCGCGCGAGUCACACAGCGCGAAAACGGGUUUGAGAGAAUCAACAUGCUAUCAGAGGAAGAGAAAGGCUGGCUACGAAACGAAAUCGCACACCGCUGGGACCAACCCUUUAUGCUGUACUUCCUCGUAGUUCUUUGCGCUGGCUCCGCGAUCGUGCAGGGCAUGGACCAAACAAGCGUCAACGGCGCCCAACAAUUCUACUUCCGAACCUUCAACAUCCCCUCAGAAGCCGUCUGGCAGCGUGGCCUACUGAACGGCGCGCCGUACCUCUGCUCAGCCGUCAUAGGAUGCUGGAUGAACGCCCCGCUGAACAAAUUCUUCGGACGCCGUGGCACGAUUUGGAUUUCUUGCUUCAUCUCCUUCGUCGCUGGGAUUUGGAUGGCUGCGGCGGAUAGCUGGUAUAACCUGCUGAUCUCGCGAUUCGCGUUGGGUUUUGCCGUUGGUGCGAAGAGUUCUACGACCCCGGUGUACGCAGCGGAAUCGGCACCGAAGACAAUUCGUGGUGCUCUUACUAUGAUGUGGCAGAUGUGGACGGCUUUCGGCAUCAUGCUUGGCUUCGUCGUGUCCGUCGCCUUCCAGGACACCGACUUCCUAGGUACUGAUACGCAGUGGCGUUGGAUGCUGGGCUCGACGUCCAUCCCGCCUUUGCUCGUCAUGCUGCAGGUGUACUUCUGCCCCGAGUCUCCGCGCUGGUACAUGGAGAAAGGCAAGUGGGAUAAAGCGUACCGCUCGAUGAAAGCUCUGCGAAAACACGACAUUCAGGCGACGAGGGAUAUGUACUACGCCUACAAACUCCUCGAAGUGGAGUCCUCGCAGCGUGAGGGCAAGAGUCUCUGGAAGGAAUUUUUCCUCGUGCGCCGAAACCGUCGCGCGGCGCAGAGUUCGUUUUUCGUCAUGUUCAUGCAGCAGUUCUGCGGUGUCAACGUCAUAGCCUACUACUCGACCCAAAUCUUCGUCGACGCCGGCUUCGACGAGCGCCGCGCUCUGCUCGUCUCCUUCGGCACCGGCGUCACAAACUUCCUCUUCGCCAUCCCCGCCAUCUACACCAUCGACACCUUCGGGCGCCGCAACCUCCUGCUCGUAACCUUCCCACUGAUGGCCCUCUGUCUGUUCUGGUGCGGCUUUAGUUUCCUGAUCCCCAACGGUCCCGCCACCGAGGCCGAGCCGGGAGGCUCCGUCCCGACUGGAAAGCUGGGCAGUAUUGCGGCGGCGAUAUAUGCGUUUAUGGUGGUGUAUUCUCCAGGAGAGGGGCCGGUGCCGUUUACGUAUUCGGCUGAGGCGUUUCCGCUGUAUAUUCGGGAUAUUGGAAUGAGUUUCGCGACUGCUACGACGUGGGGGUUUAAUUUUAUUCUCUCUCUCACCUGGCCCGCUUUGGUCCAGGCUUUCACGUCCACGGGUGCGUUCUGCUGGUAUGCAGCCUGGAAUAUCUUUGGCUGGGUCUUCUGCUACUUUUUGCUGCCGGAGACUAAAAACCUCACGCUGGAAGAAUUGGAUAAUGUAUUCAAUGUUGGUAACAGGGAGCAUGCGAAGUACUAUACGGAGAAGUUGCCGUGGUAUGUUAAUAGGCAUCUUUUGAGGAGGGAUGUCCAGGUGUUUGAGCCGCUUUAUCGAUUCGGGGAUCCGGAGGCGGAGAGUGAGAGGAGGGCGAGUGUGGCGAGUCGGAGGGGGUUGAGUGCGGCGAGGAGGGCGAGUGUAGAAGGUGGGAAGGAGGGAGGAGUUUGA